GCGGUUCCGGUCGGAGUUGUUUGACGUUGCCAGCUGACAUGGCUGCGCCCGUAGUAAGGAGUGUUCGGAAGCUGCUGAAGCUCGUGGACUUCACGUCGGUUCCGCGGAGACACCGAUAUAAGAAGAAAUGGGCUACCACAGAGCCAGAAUUCCCUGCCACUCGGCUUGCUCUGCAGAAUUUCGACAUGACCUACAGUGUACAAUUUGGGGAUCUUUGGCCCUCGAUUCGUGUUAGUCUUCUCUCAGAGCAGAAGUAUGGCGCAUUGGUCAAUAAUUUUGCUGCUUGUGAUAACGUGAGUGCUAAGCUGGAGCAGCUGAGUGCCAAGGACUUUGUGAAUGAAGCCAUCUCUCGCCAGAAACCAGAGCCUGAGAGUGGCCUCGCUCCCACUCCAUCCCCAGACUGCAGUCCAAACCUUCGAUGCUUUACUUUCUCCAGAGGGGAUGUCAGCCGUUUCCCUCCUGCCAGACUUGGCAGCCUGGGUCUCCUGGAUUACUACCUGAUGGAUGCUGCCUCCUUGCUACCGGUCCUGGCUCUUGGUCUGCAGCCUGGAGACACCGUGCUUGACCUGUGUGCAGCUCCUGGGGGGAAAACACUGGCCUUACUUCAGACAGGCUGUUGCCGCAAUCUUGCUGCCAACGAUCUCUCCACAUCCCGAACAGGCAGACUACAGAAAGUCCUGCACAGUUAUGUGCCCCAAGACAUCAGGGACGGGAAUCAAGUUCGAGUCACCUCAUGGGAUGGCAGGAAGUGGGGAGAACUGGAGGGGGACACCUAUGACCGGGUGUUGGUAGAUGUGCCAUGUACCACAGACCGCCACUCCCUUCAUGAGGAGGAGAACAACAUCUUCCAGCGCUCAAGGAAGAAGGAGCGACAGAUGCUGCCUAUGCUGCAGGCGCAGCUUCUCGCGGCUGGACUCCUUGCCACCAAACCCGGGGGCCACGUUGUCUACUCCACGUGCUCACUGUCACACUUGCAGAAUGAGUAUGUGGUGCAGGGGGCCAUCGAGCUCCUGGCCAAUCAGUACAGCAUCCAGGUUCAAGUGGAAGACCUGUCUCACUUCCGAAAGCUUUUCAUGGACACAUUCUGUUUCUUCCCAUCCUGUCAGGUGGGGGAGCUAGUAAUACCAAACCUCAUGGCCAAUUUUGGGCCUAUGUACUUCUGCAGAAUGCAUCGGCUGCCCUAGUGUCACCCUGUUGACUCUGUCGGGGGCACCAGAACAGUCGAGUGGCAGAGGCGCACUCCAAGGCCUGCCUCCCUCCUGUGGACAGCAGGAAGUAGGACCGCGGCCCAGCCGAGGAUGAUCAGCAGGUUUCUGACUCAGACUUCACUUCUAUCCUGUAACCUGCACUAAGGCCCCUGUUCCAUUAGGGACUUAGACAGAAUCGGUAAAUAAACCCAUAGUUUAAGCUGUAAACUUGGGAAGAAACAUUUAGCCAAUAAAGUUGUUGAAGUACUCUAGAGGUGGGCCUGUAGUUGGGGCCUUCAUGUCAGUCAGAGUUCUCCAUCAUGGUUCUCUGGGUAUCAGCCGAAGCUGCUGAGCAUGCUCCCCAGAGUGCCCAGCCCCUGCAUACAGCCCUCUCCCACUGGUGAGUCCCAUUUGGUCAGCCCACAGGCCCACCAGCCUCCCCAGUGUCUCCAUAUGGCACAUGCUCUAAUUUAAGGAAUAAGUAACUAAAACUGUUGAGCGUGGCUGGUAAUCCCCUUCAAAUGAGAAAGGUUUCCUAAGCUGAGUGCUUCUGGCCUUUCCUUCAGAUCACUGCAAAAGCUGCUUCUGGUACGUACUGUGUUUUUGUAUGUUUCUUCUUUUACAUCUUCACAUGACGGCAAGUGUUCUCUGAGUUCUUGUAUGACAGCUGUGGCACUGGUAGGGUGUGGUAGGACUAUGGGAAUGACUGGGCUUCCUCAUCUUAAAGUGGCCACCUUCUUCCUUUUACUUUUCAAGUACCUAGGAAUCUCCUGAUAUUUUAUUUCAGAUAUCUUAUUUUAUUUCUAAUCUUUUGCCUGCUCCAGUGUCUAAUCUUUGGCCCAUCUCUAAAUCCUUCUUCCAGUAUAACAGGGUUUUGGAUCACAGAUAGUGUUUUAGAGUGACAUUACAUAACACACCGACUUGCAUACUAGCAUGCUAGGUAUUUUGUAACAUUUAUUAAAAGAAGGCACCCUUUAGUGCCAGGGAAUAGUAAACAUUGCUUAUGGUCACCCAUGCACACAGGUAUGUAUGUAUGAAUAUUGCUUGGCUCUUCCUACUUUUUUUUCAAUUUUUUCAAUUUUUUCAAAUUUUUUUUUUUUUGUGUGUGUGUGUGUGUGACAUGGUUUCACUCUGUAGCCUUGGCUGCCCUGGAACUCACUCUCUUUGUAGACCAGGCUAGCCUCAAACUCAGAGAUCUACCUGCCUCUGCCUCCCGAGUGCUGGAACUAAAGGCUUGUGCCACUACCGCCCAGCUUUGAAACUCUUAAUAUUUUAAAGCUAUUUCCUUUUUUUAAAAAAUUCUUUUAGAUUUAUUACCUAUCUUUCAAAUUUAUUUACUCGCUGUCUUCCCACUUUCUUUAUCCCUUCUCUGUUGCUGUUCUUUUUGUCUUUCAUGCUUUUCUGCUAAUCCUUAUCUGGUAUUAGAUGUAUCCGUUGAGAAGGACAUUAGCAAAGGUUAAGUCAUCUCCCUUCUUGAGAUUUGUAUUAUAACUGAGGGAAGACCUUCCAGACUUUAAACCAAGUAAAGCUAGUAAGAUGGAAAUCCAAAGAACUCGGUUCAUUGUAGUAGGGAGCUGCGGGCCUCUUCCCACAGCCUGGCUCAUGGUUGCCUGGCUAGCUUAUGCCCCAAAAUAACGACACACAAACUCUAUUCUUUUAAACACUGCUUGGCCCAUUUCUGUUCAUGUAUGUAGCACCCCAAGGAGCGCUUACCGGGAAGAUUCUAGCCUACGUCCAUCCUGGGUCAGAGCUUCAUCGCAUCUGCCGGGGAGAGGGGAGCAUGGUGCAUGGCGUCUGCUCCAGAGAGCAGAGCUGUCGAGUCUGAGCUCACUUCCUCUUCCUCCCAGCAUUCUAUUCUGUCUACUCCACCCACCUAAGGGGUAGCCUAUCAAAUGGGCCAAGGCAGUUUGUUUAUUGACAAAUGACCUUCCUCCAUCAUUUCCCUUUUUUCUGUUUAAACAAAAAAAAAAAAAGGAAGGCUUUAACUUUAACAGAGCAAAAUUACAUAUAACAAAACAGUUAUCAAGUAAAAAUUACAAUAUUUACAUCUAUUUUAUCUUUAUCAUAACUAAGGAAAACUAUAACUAUAACUAUCUAUCUAUUAUUCAACUCCAUCAAAGACUCCAGAAGAAUACAAUAUUACCUAAGCCAACAAAAAGUAAGCAACUUCUAAACUCUAGAAAUGACAGAGACAUCUCACUGCCUGGACAGUCACCCAAAGUUCCUCUGUACCGUUGGGGCAUCCAUCUUCGGCCUAAAGGUCCAUAGUAUCCAGAGACGUUUCCAUGAAGCAGGAAAUUUAAAGGCAGUUCAGUCACUAUCUGCUGUGUCCUGCAGAAUGUCUCGCAGACUCUUUCAUGAAUCAGGAACCCCGAAAGAUCAUCUCACCUUUAGGCAAGUUCAGCAGUCCUCUCUCUGCGGGUUCUUUGUGUCCAGUUUAUAAAAUAGUCCAGGCAAGAGCAGUUUCUUGCCCAAAUGGCUAUCAAACUCCAUAAGGUGCCUCUUCGAUGCCCAUCUUCUUCUUGAAGUAGAUUGGUGUUGCCAGGAGCAGACGUGUCUCAUUGUCAUGAAAAACCCUAAGUUAUUAAAACAUUUAAAAUACCAUAUUCUGAGGUCUUUGAAAGAUAUGAUGAAUGCCUAUCUGAAAUAUAUGCAUGCACAUCUAGAAAAUCUAACAUGACUACAAACUUGACUAUUAUUAAUAAUUAUCCAUUAACAACCUACAUACAUUACAUUUUUAAAUGAACUACACAAUCACAAUACCUUAAUCAAGAUUAGAAAUACAUAUACAUAUAACAAAAUUGACCUUAAAUCUAAAUCACUAAAGCAAAAUCCAUAUCAAUGCAAAUUAUUCAUACCUAUAUCAUAACCCCCUUUAAAUGUAAAAGAACAUUUAUAAACAAUAUUUGGGGAUAUGGACGUAGUUAUUUCUCUCCAAACUGCUUCCUGCUGAAUGGGGGCGCUGUUAUUCGGGUCUUUUAUGGGAUAACCUGUCUGCUAGGUUCAUCUCAGUCGGCAGUUGAGCAAAGUAAUUUUUUGAAGGUGUUCACAGCAACCCUUCAGGAGGACGUGGUCCAUCAUACCAUAUUGUGAUAGAAGAAAUCCACAGCAUCUCAUCCUCUGUGAAAACAAAAGAAACUCCUUUCCAAAGCAUCAUGUCCUUAGAUUCAAAUUUUAAAGUCAAGGUAUUUUGAAAAUAUCUAUCUUGGAUUAGUAGUUCAGCAGCAUUUAUAAACAAAUAUCUUUUAGCAUCUGUUGCUCCUUCCUCAGCAUUCAAACAAUUCAAAGAGAGCAUAAUAGCAUAUAGUAUCAAGAUUCUCUGUGUAUUUUCCAUCUUUGUGCAGCUUUAUUUUAACUCUAUUUUGUUUACUUUUACUUUUAUUUUUUCUGUAUAUCUUCAUCCUGGAAUAACUCUUUAGACCAGGCUGUCCUUGAACUCUCAGAGAUCCGUCUGUCUCUGCCUCCCAGGCAUUGGGAUUAAAGGCGUAUGCUACCACCCCUUGAAGUCUCAGAGGUCAAUCUCCCUCUGCCUCCCAAGUCUUGAGAUUAAAGGUGUGUACUACCACACCCAACUACUUCCUUAUUUUUGUUUUUUUUUUUUUUACUUUUAAGAACUUUAUCUUUCAGCCUGCAUAUAUUUUUAAACACACUGUAAAUCAUUUAAAGUUUUCUUUGUCUUUGAAUCUCUCUUUACUGUGUAUCUCUCUUUUUCUGACCACAUGAGUCUUUAAUUUACCAAGCAAUAUCAGUAGGAUGAAAGCCGUGGCUUUGACGGCUGGAUCCAGCCAUUCCUUAGCUUUCCAGCCUCAUGGCGGAGAUACAAGCUGUAGCCAUGUUUAUCACCACAACUCUGUGGCGUUUCAAGGUCCUUGCCAGCAAACAAGCUACAACACUCAAAUGCUCUCUCUGUAGCUGACCUCCUGCCUCAGAGUCAGAGUUUGCCCUGGCAGGAUGGCCCACAAAGCCGGCAUUUUAAAACAGCACAACUUUUUUCCUGCUACGGCUGAAAACCGAAAAGCAUGCCUUCAGCUUUUCACCAACACCGUUUUAAGUGUUUCGUGGCAGGACCUCUUAAAUGACCUGCAAGGUUUCACAGCUGAAGCUGAGUCAGGAAGCCUCUCUUAGAUGAGAGCACUUGCUUGCCUCUAGCAAGCAGAGCAGACCCGAGAAAUUGCUGCUACCAAGAAAACACGCUUUACUCUAUUCUUUCCCAAGCUUUCUCAGGCUUUCUGUGGAUGCAGUUAUCCACGUGGGCGCCAUCUGUAGUAGGGAGCUGCGGGCCUCUUCCCACAGCCUGGCUCAUGGUUGCCUGGCUAGCUUAUGCCCCAAAAUAACAACACACAAACUCUAUUCUUUUAAACACUGCUUGGCCCAUUUCUGUUCAUGUAUGUAGCACCCCAAGGAGCGCUUACCGGGAAGAUUCUAGCCUACGUCCAUCCUGGGUCAGAGCUUCAUCGCAUCUGCCGGGGAGAGGGGAGCAUGGUGCAUGGCGUCUGCUCCAGAGAGCAGAGCUGUCGAGUCUGAGCUCACUUCCUCUUCCUCCCAGCAUUCUAUUCUGUCUACUCCACCCACCUAAGGGGUAGCCUAUCAAAUGGGCCAAGGCAGUUUGUUUAUUGACAAAUGACCUUCCUCCAUCAGUUCAUACUCUGGGUGGGACCCUUACCAACUUCUGCUCAUUACAUACAGUCUCCACCUGCUGUUUACUCUCAACUUACAUUGCUGAAGCUGAGAGACUUUGUGCCUCGGUUUCUCCCCAUUGGCUCUUGGAUGUCUAUCUGCUGCUAAUUGAAGGCUAAGCAGUAAACAUUGAGGAGAAAAGGGUCUGCUGGCCCUUGGAUCACAGUCUAAUUGAGGACAGACAGACUAGGUAAGAAAAACUGCUGUAUUAGGCAGGAUUUUCUAAAGGAACAGAACCAAUAGCAUGUGUAUGUAGACAUACAUAUAUAUGCACAUAUGUGUGCAUGUGUUUGUAGAUGUACAUAUAUAUGCACAUAUGUGCAUAUGUUAUAAAGGGGAUUUGUUGGAUUGGAUAGAGGCUGGGUAGUCUACCAGUAGCCAUGUGCACACUGAAGAGGCAGAAAACUAGGUUCCCAAGGACGCCUGAGCAGUCUGAGUCCAACACUGCAGUUUGGAAUCUUCCUGGAAAGUUGCUGCUGUUGAGUCAUUGUUGAAGAGCUAAUCAGUCUGAUGUCAGUGGGCAGCAGUAGCAGUAGGUGGUAUCACUGGAACAGAGAGACUUGCUGGCUGGAGGGUUGCCUUCUCCCUACUUAACUUCAUCAUCUGAGCAGUUUGCUCUUUCGAGGGUCCCACCUGUAUUCGUCACUGUUCCAUGGGCUAGUCCUCUCUGGAAACAUUCCUGUAGACAUACAGCUUUAUUUCCCCAGUCCAAGGCAUCUCUUAACCCGGUCAUGUUGAAACCUCAGACCCACGAUCACAACUACUUUGGAAAACAGUUUGUCUCCUGUAAUCGAAUAUAUACUGCCCUCUAACUCAGUUACUAUGGUGCUCAGGAUCAGUUCAAGAGAAACUCUUUUAUGCCCAUGCCCCUGCGAAGGAUGUUAUAGCAGUCCGUCUCACAAGCAAGAGUCUUGACAUGGUCCACGUGUCUCUGAGCAAGAAGAGGGUGAAUAAACUGGAUAUUCACACAAUGGAACACAUGAUGUAUGAUCUUAUUUAUAUCACCUUGCAAUCCACCAGUGCACUAUUUAAUUUAAUGAGUAUUAAUAAUAUAACCACAAUCCCAAGUGAUAUUGAAAAUAAUUCUUCUUCUUCCUUCCUUUUUUUUUUUGGUGUUUUUGGUUUUUCGAGACAGGGUUUCUCUGUGGUUUUGGAGCCUGUCCUGGAACUAGCUCUUGUAGUCCAGGCUGGUCUCGAACUCA